AUGAAGGCCGAAAAGUUCGAAUUGUCGCCUCCCACGUUGAGGGAAUUGACUGCAGCACUGAAGGCUCCUCUCGCCGCCAAUUUCGAGCAUUCUAAUGUCGAGGUUGUGCAAUGUCCGGACCUCCGGCGAGCGCCCUUCCAUCUGGCCAUGCAAGGCUUGUCAGGGAACGAGAAGGCGGCAGAUGUUGGAGGUCAGCCUAACCUCUUUCCCACGCCAAUCAAGGAAAGCAUUUGGUCUUUGACGGACAUAGCGAAGGCCAUGGAGAUGAGUCCUGAGAAAGGCUCUCUACUCGGCGCUGGUGCUGGACCAUUUCAUCAAGUGGGCCAGAACUGUGAGUUGACUCCGAAUAUCAGCUGGCAACAAAGUUUUGAGAACGUGCACAACGGGAGCUACGUCGCAAAAAUCGAUCCAGAGGUCAUGGACGUUCGUGUGAUACCUUCUCCAUCGCUGAACUGCGCUCUGAUGAUCAACCUCUUUGGAUCUGCGGGCGAGCCUGGCGAGGUUAUCAAGGUUACAGCACGCAAGCGUAUCGGUAAACAGAAUAGCUUUACGGAAUGCAUCCGACGAGCACUUCAUGCAAGAUAUGGGGACACGCAGACAAUCAGUCUUGGUGGCGUAUUCUUGGUGAGAUCAGGAAAGAUACAUUACCACAUCAUGCCAGAUUUCCCUGCAGAUCUGCCCUUCAAAAACUUUACGCAUUUGAAUGAUUGGCUAGAGUAUCGAGAUUUCAGCAUACCAACUGUUUGUUGUUCAGUGCUCCACUCGGCAGAUCCGGACAAGAAGAUGGCUUUGCGCAUGGAGCAUACGCAUUGUUUCUCCCCGAACGGUCAACAUGCUGGCGGUCAUUAUCAUUUUGACGUUGACCCGGAGGGUGAGAUUGUUGAAUACGAAGGUUAUUUCACCACGGCAAAGGUUAUCUAUCGUCUCGGAAGACCUGCCGUAACUUUGGAGGGCGAUCUACACGAUGAGCUCCAUCAGUGA